CCUCCUCUCCCACCCCUGGUGAAAACUGCGGGCGCCGGGCAGGGUGUAGCAACUGGAGGCGGCAGCGCGUCUGGAGGAGGCUGCUGCGGCCGAGAACCAGAGCCCAGAUCCAGGACUGAGCUCUCGGCACCAUGAACCCUACCAUUGGCAUCACUCUGUUGCUGACAGUCUUACAGGUGGCCCGUGGGCAGAAGGUGACCAGCCUGACAGCCUGCCUGGUGGACCAGAGCCUUCGUCUAGACUGCCGCCAUGAGAAUACCACGCACCUGCCCAUUCAGUACGAGUUCAGCCUGACCCGUGAGACGAAGAAGCACGUGCUCUUUGGCACCAUUGGGGUGCCCGAGCAUGCAUACCGCUCCCGAACCAACUUCUUCAGCAAGUACAAUCUCAAGGUCCUCUACCUGUCCGACUUCACCACCAAGGAUGAGGGGACCUACACGUGCGCACUCCACCUCUCUGGCCAGACUCCCAUCGUCUCCAACAGGAAUGUCUCUGUGCUCAGAGAUAAACUGGUCAAGUGUGGAGGCAUAAGCCUGCUGAUCCAGAACACCUCGUGGCUGCCACUCCUGCUCUCCCUGCCCCUCCUGCAAGCCAUGGAUUUCAUCUCCCUGUGACUGGCUGGGCCCAUGGAGAAUACAGGAAGCCACAAGGCCCGGUCCAGAGACCCUACUUCUCUGAGUCAGUUGACCCCCCUCCCCCCAACCUCUCACACACCUUGGGGAGAAUUGGGGACCCCACCGCCCCUAAGGAAUCCCAGUGCUGCAUGCCGUUAUCUCCCAUCCCCCACUGCCACCCCCUACCCUCUCCGCUAGCCACUGCCUAUUUGUAUUCUUUGUUCCAGAGCUGCUUCUGGCUGAUUUAUUUAGGGCUUAUCCUACCUUUUCUUUGGCAGUUUGCGAAAAGGGAAGCCAGGGUUGGGGACCUGAUGGAGAGUGACGGGAUGGGAGAGGUAUAUCGGU